GCCGUGGCUGCUGCUUCCCCUUUCUCGGUGUUUACUCGCUUCCUUACUAAAAGUGGUGGCCGGUGUCUGUUUUCGAUGGAGGCGAUGACGAUUUUAUGGACUUCGGAUCUUCCACUCGCUCUUUGAUUGAAUAGAGUGCACGGCCUUCGACUGAGUGGCUAUACUUCUUCAUCUUUCUCUCUGUGCUGUGUUGGCUCGGCUGCGACCGAUUAGGGUUCUGAAUUAUGGAAUGAACGCGAAAGAACUUUUGUUUCAGCUUAUUGUUUGAACAGUUAGAUACGUGAUGAACGUGAGCCGGCCUUCGGUGCAUCCAGUUGAGGCGCCACCACUAACGGAAGGAGCGGUACACAAUGGGCCGAGAGUUAGGAUGAAGGAUGUGCAGGGUAUGCCUGGUACAACAGGUGGACUUGCACUUCGUCUCCUUCAGUUCAUAUUUGCUGCAGUUUCUCUGUGUGUUAUGGCCACCACUAGUGAUUUCCCUUCCGUCACGGCGUUUCGAUAUCUUGUUGCUGCUGCUGGCUUGCAAUGUUUGUGGAGCUUUUCAUUGGCAGUAGUUGAUGCAUAUGCCUUGUUAGUCAGACGAAGCUUGCAAAACUGCUCAAUAGUUGGUUUAUUCACCAUUGGUGAUGCGAUUACAUCCACCCUUACAUUUUCUGCUGCAUGCUCAUCAGCUGGGAUUACUGUUCUCAUAGGCAACGAUCUUAACAAGUGUGGCGUUAACCACUGUGCGCAAUUCGAGUCCGCUACUGCAAUGGCCUUCAUUAGCUGGUUUGCUGUUUCACCUUCAUUUCUCUUGAACUUUUGGUCAUUAGCUUCUCGGUGAGAUUCCAUAGGAGAAAGUUAGCUUCUUUUUAGUUAUUGUCUCACAAGCUACUUUUUUGUUUCUAAAUUAUACCGUGCAAAUUUGGAAAUUUUGAUGUACACGUGUAGGUUUUUGAUGGGUUUGAUUGAGAAUUGAGAUAAUAAUGAGUGAAUAAAAUCACUUCAUUUUACCAAUCUCUUUCCCUCACAGAUGAGGCAAGUCUAGCCUUAAAUUCUCACUAUCAUCACAAUCCAACUCUCAUCUUUCUUGGGAUUUC